ACUGUAUUACUUUUAACGUUAUAUAAGAUAGUUUAAGAAAUUAAAAUAAAAACUAAUUGAAUUUAUUAGAUAAAUAAAGCAUGAAUAAUACAUCUAAAAAAUUUAUUUUUAAAAAAACAAAUAAUUUUCGUUAAUAAUUUUAAUCAUAACAAAUACAAGAUAAAAGCCUUUUUUAAAUAUUUAAUUCUCCCAUAGAUAAAAGAUUUUCAAAUUUAAGAUUUUGUAGUUAAAAAGCAACUUAUCAUGAAAAACAAGCAAAAAUAUUUAGUUUUAUAUGCGAAUAAGUUAAAAAAAAUAAAAAUUAUUUAAUUUUAUAAAAAACAUAAAAAAUAGAAAUUUUAAAACAAAGUAAAAUAUUCUGACAAAAGUAAAAUUAAUUCUACUGCAUUACCUGUUCCCAAAGGUUCAGUUUCUGUAAUGUUAAAUAUAUGCAAAACUGGUUAAGAAUUUAAUUUAGAAAAUUUUAAGAAGAAAAUACCUACAAAAUCAAAAUUUAAAAUGAAAUGGAAGACAAUAUAAUAACUUUUAUAAAACAAACAAGAUGUAUUAAAAUAAUUAUUUUCAAACUAUUAAACAAUAUUAAGACAUGCUCGUAGCAAAUCUGAUGGAAUGAAUAGAUAAGAAUUUGGAGAUUUAUUAACUUUAGUAGGAUUAGGUGCUGAUAUAAAUUUAGGUGAUAAAUUGUUUUACAUUUUUGAUGAAGAUAAUUCAUAAACAGUAGAUUAUAAAGAACUUAUAGUUGGUUUAGAAAUGUUUAAAGAAAACUCAAUUGAAAAUAAGUUAAUAGUAUUUAUGGAAUUAUGUAAUUUAGAUCAUAAUGGAAAUAUAAAUUAAUAAGAACUAUAUAAAGUUUUAAAGCAAAAUCUUUUUUCGGAAGAUUCUAAAUUAAAGUUGAAGUAAAUUAUAAGACAAAUUUUUAAAGAUAACGAUUUAAAUAAAGAUGGUCUUUUAAGUAAAGAAGAAUUAUUAUAAGCAGCUACUAAUAAUAUAUAUCUCUUAUAAUUAUUAGAUGAUUCAAUAUAAAAUGUUAAAAAAGUCGAUUAAUUAAUAGAAAAUGAUUUAGAAGAACCAUUUCAUAGAUGUGUUCCUAUAUCUGCGAAUUUGUAUUUUUUUUUUAUUUAUAUUUUAUUUUUUGUCAAAUAUAUUUAAUCUUAGUAUCAAUUUUAAGGAUGGAAUGCAUAUAGGAAUUGUUAGAAAAUUAUAAUAAGCAACUUAAGAUAUUGA